AUGGAUUCAGAUACUCUUUCUUGCGAAUGCUCAACAGAUCUAGACGAUUGCACAUCUGAGUCUUCACAAAAGAUAAGUAGUCUUCCUGAAUUAGAAUCGUCUCUUCUUCCAACUAAAUCCACACCAGAUACAUCUGAAUUACUUCAAGAAAUCAAUUCUCAGAUUGACAAUGAUGAAUUGUUCAAUGAAGCCAGCAAGAUACUUGGCAAACCUAUCAAUUCUAGUAGUGAAUUGUUAAACGAAAUCAAAAGAUUCAAAAAUUUAUCUUAUAAAAACGUCGAAGUUGAUUUUGAAAUACAAGCAUCGUUUUUAAAGGAAUUCAAUAAGUAUUUCGGAGUUUACGCAACUAAUUUAAAGGAUGCAGAGUCAUAUUUGCAUGUUUUUCAAGAUCAAAUUAAACCUACUACUCAAGAAAAACCAAAACCACAGGUAGAUAAACUAUCAAAAGAUAGGGAAGAAUUGAAUCGAGCUAAUGAACAAAUAGCAAAGCUUAAAAACGUGAUUAACAAUUUAGAAAGUCAAAAAAAUUCCUAUAAAUCAUCUACACUCACCAGCGACGAAAUACAGUCUGAAGCAGAUCAUCAACUUGGCUUAGCAAAUGCAAAAAUCAGUUCACUUCAAAAACAGAUUGAAUCAUUGGAAAUUUCAAAAGCUCUUACAGAACAUGCUUUUGCAGAUCUUGGAAAUUUGAUUGAGUCUCAACAGAAAGAGAUAGCAAGUCUCACAGUUCAUAGAGAAAAACUUAUCAAAUUACUUAAAACUCAUAUUGAAGCAACAAAAGCUGCAUUCAAUUACAAACCAAUUGCUGAACCUCCAGCAGCAAAACCAGUUAUACAGCAACCAGUUAUUCAACAUGAUGAUUAUGAGCUAAAUCUGAUUUUCAAUAUUGUGAAAAACUCUUCGAUACCAGGCAAAAUUAAGAAGGAAGUUGAGGAUUUAUACACUGAUGUCAGAUAUUCUGAAGAUGAGAGAAUCACAAAUAUGAUUACAAACCUAUGCCAACAAAUUAAACAAUACGAGGUUUGUGGUAGCUCAAUACGCAAAGAAAGAGAAGAAAUGAUUAAACGAAACAAUGAUGUUGAACAACAUCUUGCUAAUGUUCUCCAAUUAUUUGAAGAACAAAUUAGAUUCUUGCAAAAAGUUUCAAGAAACGCAGAUCUUCAAGAUGCUCUUAUAUUUAGGAAAGCCAAUCCAACACCAAUGCAUUUAGAUAAAUGCACUCAAGAGGAAUUAGUCAAGAAAUGCGCUGUUCUUGGUAAAUUCCUUGAAGAUGAAAUGGGAUUCUUAAGUGAAGAAAAGAUCAAAUGCGUACUUCAGAAUUCUCAAAACAUCGACUCCAAUCUUGUUUUCGAGCUUCAAAAGGCAUCAAAUAUUGCAUCAAGACUUGAAAAGCUCAACUCAAUGCUGAACACAGGAGAAAAUGCAGAUACUAGAGAACUAUUUGCAGUUCUCGUGGCUCAAGUCUUCAUAAAUGAUGCUUUGUGCAAUUUAUCCAAAGAAUUAAAAUCCAAAAUUGCAUAUUUGCAGCGUGAAAUGACAAGACUGCCACAGACAACUAAAGAAGAAGUCGAAAAGUAUGAGAAACAAGCAGAGGAAAACGAAGAAAGGGCAAUCAAAAUCCAAAAACUCGAAAAGCAAAAGAAGAAAUUGAUUUCUACAAUUAAAGAGUUAUUACCAUCACAAGAACAAUGCGAUAACUUGAAUCAGAUGCUUAAAUUAGUUGUAGAGCACAAGAAACAAUUGAAAUCUUCAUUAAUCAUAUUAAUGAAAGAAAACCAAAAACUUAAAAACAGCCUGGAAGUUUCUCAAGAAAGAGUUCAAAGGAAGACAAAGCAAAUGAAGAUGAUGGGAGCUGUCAUUCAAAAACAAGGAAAAAUUAUUGAUGAAAAUGAAGGUAAGAUUAAAGAUCUUGACAAACAAAACAACCAAUUGAAGACUGAUAUUGAAGCUAACAAUACAAAGCACAAAUCAGAAAUCGAACAGUUAACUAAAACAUAUGAUGAAAAAGAGAAAACUAUGAAAGAACAAAUGGAGAAGUCAAUGUCGGAAUAUGAAGAGAAAUUCGUUUACUUAAAGCAAGAAAUCGAUGCUAAGGAUAGACAAAAUCAUUUCGUUAAUGAGGAGAAAGAAGGCUUAUUAGCAGAAAUCGAACAAAUCAAUAGAAAGAAUCAAGAAAGUAUCGACAAAUUGAGAGAAACAACUAAUCAAUUGAAGCAACAAUAUGAAACUGUUUUAUUCGCACUCAAAGAAUCUAAACAAGAGAAAGAACAAUUGCUUCAAACAAUCGAUGAUAAGAAUACCGAGAUCAAGUCGAUUAAACAACAAAUCGAAUCUCUUCAGGUUGUCAUUAAAGCAAAUGAAGUUAAAACUAAAACACUUCAAGAGAAAUUUGAUACAGAAAAAUCAACAAUCCAAUCCCAGUUUGAUGUAAAAUCAAAUGCAUUAGAAGCAAAGUAUAAUUCAAUGAAACAAGAAAUGCAAAAACAACACGAAGAUUUCGUUUCAUCUAUUUCUAGAUACAUUCAAUUCAAUGAUACAAAUGAAUUGGAGCAAAAGUUAUCAGAGCUUUUGAAUUUCCAUGUAAAAUAUUCUCAGCAAGUUUCAGAAAUGGAGAACAUCCAGCUGAUGUUGAAUUGCCACGGCUGUAUGAAAUCUCUCUCUGAUGCAGUGAAGAAGAUAAUAGAAGAGAAGCCUAAAGAAGUUACUGUAGAAAAAGUUGUUUACAGAGUUGAUCCUUGUGUAGAAACUCAAGCAGCAUCAAGCAGGAAAUGGGAAGCUUGGGCAAGAAGAGUUCUUUCUGCAGUUUCAGAGAACAGACCAUCAAAUCAAGACACUGAUAAAAUGAGACAGUGUUUAGAAGAAAUUAUACUUUCUUCUGCUCAUAAUCAUGUAGUCACAGAUAGAUUAGUAACUCUCAGAGCAGAAAAGGUUAUUAUGAUUAACCAUACACGAGAAUUACUUCGUCAACGAUCGGCUCCUCGUAGCAAGUGGACAACUGUUUUACCAAUCGUUCUUUCUUGUAUGCGUAUGAUGCGAGCAACUGGCUAUGCUCAACUUAACAAACAGUAA